AGAAGUUGGAACGCUCACGAAAAAUUGGCAAUUGUUACAUACCUUGAAAGAAAUCCCACGGCUACUAAACAAAACACUGCAGAAAGACAGUUAAAUAUUGGUGGACGACCUAAGUAUCCACUUUUAGAAGAUGAUCUUAAAACCUGGGUUAAAUCUUUAUGUUCACGACAAAAGAUCAUAUCUCGUUAUAUGGUUAAAACUAAGGCUAAUCAACUUGCAAAGCAAUCACAUUUUCUUUCACUUUAUCCAACGAUCAAUGAAUGCAAGUUACCAGAAGACUUAGAACCUAAAAGAGAUGAAUUUUUGA